AUGGCCUCCCAGCACUCCCGCCGCUUUGUCCGGCCUCUUUUAUAUACGUCCGCCGCACUAGCCACCGGCACUGGUCUUCUCUACGUCGCAUAUCGCCCACGCAACAUCCCAGGUUCAGAGCCCGCGGUUGUGCCGCCGCCCGGUUAUCGUUCGGGAAAGCUUGUGCCCCCAAGUUUCCCGCGCAUCAAAUCGCGUGAAGAGCAGAUCGCCGACUUGCGCCGGAGCGCUGGGUUCGGUGCCCAAAAUGGAGAAGAAGAACCCUACGACUUGCUCGUCAUCGGAGGAGGUGCGACCGGUUCUGGUAUCGCGCUCGAUGCUGCGACCCGCGGUCUGAAGGUCGCCGUGGUCGAGAGAGACGAUUUCAGUGCGGGAACAAGUAGUAAGAGCACCAAGCUGGUGCACGGUGGUGUUCGUUAUUUGGAAAAGGCCGUUUGGGAAUUGGACUAUGCCCAGUACUCGCUCGUCAAGGAAGCGCUCCGUGAGCGUAAAUACUUCUUGAAAACCGCUCCUCAUCUGUCUUCAUGGCUGCCGAUUAUGGUCCCUGUGCAGAAGUGGUGGCAAGCGCCAUACUUCUGGAUGGGUUGCAAGGCCUACGACUUUUUGGCUGGAUCCGAGGGAAUUGAGAGUUCCUACUUUCUUACACACAGCAAAGCUCUAGAUGCUUUCCCUAUGUUGAAGAAGGAGGACUUGUUCGGUGCUGUUGUUUACUACGACGGUGCACACAAUGACUCGCGUAUGAACGUUUCUCUAGCGAUGACCGCGGCCUUGUACGGUAGCACAGUCGUUAAUCAUUUGGAAGUGACCGGUUUGACCAAGGAUGCCUCUGGAAAACUCAACGGAGCAUAUGUCAAGGAUCUUGUGGCCGAGAAGAACGGCCAAGAAGCAAAGGACUUCCACAUUCGCGCCAAGGGCAUCAUCAAUGCUACCGGUCCUUUCUCCGACUCUAUUCGCAAGAUGGAUGAACCCGAGACCAAGGAAAUUGUCGCCCCUAGCUCUGGUGUCCACGUCAUUCUGCCCGGUUACUACAGUCCCUCCAACAUGGGUCUUAUUGACCCCUCGACGUCUGAUGGCCGUGUGAUUUUCUUCUUGCCAUGGCAAGGAAACACCAUCGCUGGAACAACCGACCGAGCCACUCAAAUCACUGCUCAUCCUCAGCCUGACGAGGAGGACAUUGACUGGAUCUUGAAGGAGAUUAGCGGAUACCUUGCUCCGGAUAUCAAUGUGCGACGAGAGGAUGUUCUUGCGGCAUGGUCAGGAAUCCGACCUCUCGUCCGAGACCCCAAGGCUAAGAAUACCGAAUCUCUUGUGCGAAACCAUUUAAUUACUAUCUCUGCAGCUGGUCUCUUGACCUGCGCUGGUGGAAAAUGGACAACCUACCGACAGAUGGCCGAAGAGGCUGUUGAUGAAGCCAUCAAGGCAUUCGCAUUGCAGCCUCGCAAGGUACAAGAUGUCCCUGACGUAAGCGGUACAGGACUCAAGACGGACAACUUCAACCUGGACGGUACCUGCCAAACCCAUCAGGUUCGCCUCAUUGGCGCACACGGAUACUCCAAGACUCUCUUCAUCAACCUCAUUCAGCACUUUGGAAUCGAGACAGACGUUGCCAAGCACUUGACAAUCUCAUACGGUGAUCGUGCAUGGCAAGUCGCCGCCCUCUCUUCGCCUACAAAUGCUCGCUUUCCUCUUCGCGGAACACGUGUGUCCUCUUUGUAUCCCUUCAUUGAUGGAGAAGUCCGCUAUGCCGUGCGACACGAGUAUGCUCAAACCGCAGUCGAUGUUUUGGCCCGCCGAACCCGUCUUGCAUUCUUGAAUGCUCAAGCUGCCCUCGAAGCGCUACCCAGCGUUAUUGAUUUGAUGGCCGAGGAAUUGAAAUGGGACGAGAAGCGAAAGAAUCUUGAGUGGAAGGACACCGUUCAAUUUUUGACUUCCAUGGGUCUUCCUCAGAGCCGUGUCAACAUAACAAGAAAGGAAGUCGAAGAAGGAAAAUCUCGUAUCUUGAUUGAGGGCAAGCCCAGCUCAGCCAGCACUGACUCGCCGGCCGAUAUCCUCCAGGGCGAUCUUACAAGCAUCGGCAAGAAAGAUCCCGGCAUGAGCCCGGAGUCGCCCGUCAACAAGUAG